UACAAAAAUACAUGUCUGACCCUGUAUGUAUUUUUUUAAGUUUCAUUUAUGAGUAUUAUUGAUAGAUUUAGGACUCCGAAGUUGACUCUGCGGCAAUUUUUCAGUAAAAUGGUUGUGGGAGAUGGGUCAUUACAAAUAAAACAAAGCGAUUUUAGUAAAUGCGUUACAUUAAACGUCAAUAUAAAUGAUUAACCUACAUUUUAUAUUCGUUCAAUAAAUUCUAGGUAUUACCUAAGAUGGUAAUAAAGAAGCUCAAAGUCUUAACAAUUCGGGAAAAAAUGUGAAAUGGCUCUUAGGCCCGGUUUCACCAACAUCGAAUUAACACGAGAGUAGCUACCCCAAUAUAAAUUUAUUCUAACCAUUUACCCCUUGGUUAACUUCAAUUUCAUUUCACCAAGUUAGUCUGCGGAUAUCUUAAUCUUGUUUAGUUACUCUGUAACCUUGAACGAAUGGAUGGAAUGAAACUAGAACGCUACCAAGUAAAAUAGUCCGGUUGUUCCGUGCCUGAGCAAUGGCGCUCCCUAUUUUCUAAAAUUGUUUGGAUAAUGUUUUGACUUAUGCUUUGAUCAUAUUUGAUUAGUUUCCUUGUUUAUAAUUGUCAUCAAAAUAAAAAUAAAUAAAUAAGACCUGGAAAUGGCAAAUUAUAAGAGAAAGCGAUCUGCUAAUUGGAUGGCAUCAGAAAAGACGCAGCUGGUAGAUCUAGUUACUGAGCAUUUUCAUGUCAUAGAAAAUAAAAGAACCGACGGGGUUUCAAUGAAGCAAAAACUUGCGGAAUGGACGACAAUAUCCAAUAAAUAUAAUUCGCAGACAACGCUUUCCCACCGUACUGCCGAAAAUUUGAAAUCCCAGUGGGAAAGUUUAAAAAAAGCUACCAAAAAAGAAGCAUCUUUUAAGAGGAUGCAUUUAAUUAAAACCGGUAAGUGUAUGUUACAAAAUUUUUAUGGCAAUUGUAUCUAUAAAUCUACAAAAACUUGUUUUUUCUUAGGUGGUGGACCAUCAAGGCCGAAGAUUGAUGAUCCUCUUCAAGAGAGGAUCCUGGGUCUUAUAACGCCAAGUGCUGUAGGUCUACAUAAUCCGUAUGAUAAAGAUAAUGUAAACGUUACAGAAAAUAUCACGGAAUCAUUUUCAGCAGAGGCACAUAAAAAGGACGAAUUAUUACAUACAAUUCCUGGCCCUGAGGUUCAGACUAAGUCAACACACCACGUUGAUACUAAUGAAACCAUGAAUAAUGUGGAUUGGGGCGAUUACACUCCAAACUGUCUAAAAACGCCUGUUUCAGAACAAUUGAAACCUUCAGGCAAAAAAAGGCCUUAUUCAGGAAAACGACUUGAAUGGAUGUCGAAAAGGCGGCCGCAACUUACGAGAGCCUCUCUUGAAAACUUGCAGGAGUUGAAGGGGAAGGCUAUUAAUGUCCAAAUCGAGCAUGCAGCUAAUGAGAGAGAAGAAGCUAAAAAAUUGUUUGAAAUCCAAAUGGAUAUACAACAAGAAAUUUUAAAACAAGAAAAAAUUAAAACUAGGUUGCUACUUUUAGAGUUGAGACAAAAAAAACGCAAAUAAAUAUUUAUUGCUUA